AUGACCACGCCCACCAUGGACGACCUCUCGAGAGCAGAGUACCCGGCGAUGCUGGCCAGCCUCCAGCCGAACCAAGCGGUACAAAUAUUCUCGGACCGGGUCAAGCGGAUUUCAAAGGUCAACCAGGAAAUUGCGGACUGGCUUCAGGAACGCAGGAAGGUCGAGGAGCAAUAUGUUGCCGGUUUGCGCAAGCUGCUUCUCUUCAAAGUCCCCAAUGCCGCAUCCGAGCUAGGAGUCUUCCACGCACCAUGGGACAAGAUCCUCUCGUCGACCGAUGCAAUUGCCGCGUCCCACCAGCUAUACGCCCAGCGCAUCGAUAAGGAUGUCGAACAGCCGCUUCGCACCUUCCAGUCCCGCAAGGAAAUGCAGAACAUCAACACCAUCAGCUCUAACCUCCACACCAUGGCAAAGGAGCUCGACGAUGCCGCCGAAAAGUCCGAAAAGCUCUCAAAGAAGGGCGGAAAGGCUAACAGCCAAAAGGUGGAUGCGGCCGCGUCGAGGCUGGAAGCUGCCUCGCAGCAAUGGGAAUCACAGGCGCCAUUUAUCUUCGAAACCCUCCAGGCUUUGGAUGAGCAAAGAACCAACCACCUACGCGAUGUCCUGACUCAAUUUCAGACCCACGAAGUCGACCAAGCCACUCGGACCCAGGCGGCAGCGGAGGAGGUUUUGAAUACGAUGCUUGAGGUCGACACUGGCCUGGAAAUCCACAAUUUCGUCAACAAAGCUACGGCUGGACGGCCCAAGCUUGACAGGAGGACUACCACGGCUCGACAAUCGAGCUCUGCUGGUGGAGGUAGCCCGGCCGUGGGACCCCCUCCGGGCACUCCGCUGCACGAUGAUGACGGUAUGAGCCAACACUCCGGCUUUAGAGAUCAGUCAGAUUCCAAGCUGCGUAGCCGUAUUGGCACAAUGCUGGGACGUCGGAGGCAGAGCAUUCAUGGGGGCUUCGGACAGUUGGGCCCCCCCAAGAGCCUUGGCUCUUUCACUCGCGGCCUCGGAAGCAGUCAUGGCCAGACACUGUCUCCAAGGGGGUCUUCUCACAAUCUAGCAGAGUCCCAUAGUAACCGGUUGUCGUCUCUGGCCGAAAGACCGUCUACCUCGGAUGAGCGGGUGAAGAGAGACAACAUAAACGAUUUCUUGCACAACGGUACAAAUGGAUUCAACUCGGGGGACAGACAGGCCGAAUCUAGCCAGCCACGACCGACUUCUAACAACCUCACUAAUGGUACAGCCGAGGAUAUUUUCGAUGCCGCUCCCUCGGCACCUCCCGCCUCUAACCAGCAGUCCCAAUCCCAAGAGGAGUCCACAAAGGACGCCGAGGGCUAUACUAUUCCUCAGUACUCCCAUGACCCCAUCGCCGAGGCCCAAAGGGAGGCGGCUGCUGAAGAACCUGAUCACUUGUUCAAGCUCAACAUCCAGAACGAGCCCAUUGCGGAAGAGGACCAGGACGCCAAGCAAGCGGCCCUGUCGAACGUCGCCCAUACACUCACGGCAAUGGGACUGCCCAAUCGCAAGGCAGGCACUGUUAGAGGCAGGAGAGACGUGCGUCAUACUAUGUACAUCCCUGCUAUGCCAGUACCGGAGCACUCCGAGAAUCCUUUCCCGGCAUCGCCAUCACUCCCAGCUACGACUUCAUCCAUCAUUAGGCCUACGCCACCAACCACCACCAUCGGUUCAGAGCCAAGCCAUGCUUCGCAUGCUUCUGACAAUCAGUCUAUCCGUUCUGGAACGUCAUAUGGAGCCGGCUCUGCUUAUGGUGGCAUUGCGGCCCUGAGGCAUCAGGACAUUCAUGGAUCUGAUUUUGGCCCAGGACUGCAUUCGUCCAUCAUCGAGACCGUCUCCGCUCUUUUCCAGGAUGGAGAGGCCAAGUCCGUCAAGGUUACUGGUGAAAUCGCACUCUCAUACAAGGCCGACCCUUCAAACUUCCAGGCCGAUAAUCAAGUAAUACGUCUCAACAACUUCGUUCGCCUUGAGUCUAUUGGACCCAAUCGCCUCUUCGUUACUAGCGACGCUGCUUUCCCCGAUGAGUUCACCAUAAACACCUCGCACCUCACGACGGCAUCGACUCCCGCUUUCACCUACCGAGUGCACGCCGAGAACGACACCGCACUCGUAUCCUCCCACUGCCCCAUUAUCAUCAACCCCGUAUGGAAGCCCCAAGGCGACAAGCUCGGUCUCUUGCUCCAGUAUCGUCUUAACCCCUCCCUGACGUUACAGCGUCCAAUUGUCCUGCACAACGUGACCUUCGUCGCAACCUAUGAGGGUGCCCGCGCAAGUGGUGUCCAGACUAAGCCUUCCGGGACUCACCUGAAGGACAAGCAUCUCGUGUACUGGCGGAUCCCCGAGUUGACGCUGACGGACGACUGGGCCAAGAUUAUUUGCCGCGUCAUCGGGGAGCAAAACGCUGAACCACAGCCGGGUCAUGUUGAGGUCAGGUUCGAAUACACGGCUCCUCCAGGGGCGGAAAUGGGCAGCGGAAUUUCGGUAUCGAGGCUCGUGGAAGGCAAGGGCAAGGAAAAGGCGGAGGAACAGUCGGAGGAAGAGGACCCAUUUGCGGAUGACAAGGGGCCGAUUUCGCCUCCGCUUGGCAAGGACGGCAGGACAUGGGUUGAUGUUCCUCUGUCGAAGAAACUGAUCGGCGGGAAGUACGAGGCCAAGUGA